AUGGUAUGUCUCUUUCGUCUCUACAAAAUUGUUUUGUUUCUCGUCUUUCCUAUAUUUCAAAAAAUACUGAAGAUGUUUAAUCUUCUAAGAAGUCAUCACUUUGGCGAUGACCAGAAGAAGUGGAAGAUGUCUGUUGAAUUAUUCUUGGUUGAUGGUCGUGGGUGGAUCGAUCUCGAUAUCGAUCUAUCCUACAACAUUUUUGGCUUAUUUAUCUUUCGGCAGGAGAGGCUGGUGGUACUAGUCACAGCUAACACGAGUCUGAAGGCCAGAACUUCUUCGAAAAACUUCUUCAAUCAACAAAAUCGAGGAGUCAAACUACAACGUUGUUCUUGCUGAAGAUUGUGACAAGAAUUAUGUCUUUUUCAACUGUUGUGGUUGUCGAAGAUCUUCUUCGUGAAAUUUCCUGUCGUAGCUUCAUCCAAGAGGUGUGAGCACCCUCCUAUUUCACUA